GGGCCGACCCCAUUCUAUUCUGCGUCCCUGGAUUCUAAUCUCCCUAUUGGCAGUAUCCGAGAUACCGUCCAUCAUUUCUCAUCUUCGAGGUGCUAUAGCAAGCAAACCCGGAGAAACGUCACGCCGCCGGCCCGCCCGCCUAUGAUAGCUAGCAGGUUUCCAGCCCUUACCGCGCUCCUGAUCGUCUUUUCUGGGAGGGACCAUAUCGCAUUGGCGUUCGGUGGAGUUUGUGUGCUUGCUGGUUUUUUUUCUUUUUUGAUCGCUGCCCCUGUUGCUUUGGGUGCUUGCUCGUUUCAGUUCCAGCCUGCCUCUCUCCGCAUGAUAAGCGCGCUUUCGUCCGGGAUCAUCACGACAAUAACUUUGUUCCGGCGGGUCGGCUUUGUCUAACUCCUCCUCUGGGCGCGCGGCGGUGAUCGGAACACCCGGGGGAACCCCUUUU